CAGGGGUAUGAGUGGAAGAAUCAGAGUGCUUUCUUUGAAAAUUUGUCUUGAUGUGUCGAUCCAAGGGUCAUCUGGAAGAAAAAUACAAGUAUCUCUUCAAACAAGUAGCUGAACCCACAGAUUUAUGUGACCAACGAAGCCUGAGCCUUUUGCUUCACAAUGCAGUCCAGAUCCCUCGGCAGCUCGGUGAGGUACCUUCAUUUGGAGGCAGAAACAUUGAACCAAGUGUCUGCAGUUGCUUCCAACAUGUACCGCAGCCUCAAACACUUGAAUUAUGACAUGUGCCGAAGCUGUUUCUUUUCGGGGCGCACGUCAAAGGGGCACAAGUUACAUUACCCAAUGGUGGAGAACUGC